AUUUUUCCAAUGCAACAAAUCGUGCAGUAAUCCUAGUAGCUGCUUAUCCGUUUCACUUUAAAUUUAUUGCCAACACAAGCAAACGAUGGCCUGUCCUUUCACGCGACAUGCCCCGGCGGAAAUGCUGCAUCGGCAGCACUCGCUCGCCGAAGGAUCCGGUUGGAACCUGGACGAGGAUUUGAGUGAAAUUCCGGACGAUGCGCUCACCCUGACCCAUCUCAAUGCGGCCAUCCAGCUUCUGACGGCUCCGUCGAAUGAGGACUUGUACGAAGCGCUGAUGUCACUGAUUGGAAAGCACUGCAACAGGUGGCCCGGUCUGACGAAAUUGAAAUCUGAUCGUAUUUCGCUGUCAAUCUAUCCCCACUAUGACUAUUUGGCGGAUGUUCAGGAUAAUUUAAAUCAAAUCGAUGAAUCCUCCGCCUGCGACAUCUUGGUCCUGCUGGGCGAAGAACUCAUCCAUACCGCCUGCGUGGGCAUUAUCGAGCGAGCCUUCAAGUGUUUGGGUUCCAAUCUGCAGGAAUUCCUCGGAUCACUGGACGGAGUCUACGACGUACUCAAGCUCCAGGAGGAAGACAUCUCCGACACUGGGUUCGUCUGUGCCGGUGAAGGUGAGCUGAUCUUUACCUCGGAACGACCGGUCUUGGCAUGGCUUCUGCUGGGUUGCCUGCAAGCCUUGAGCCGUCGACUGUUUAACCACGAUCCGCAAAUCGAUAUGGAACCGUUGGAUGGAGAUGUUCCCCGGUAUCGUUAUCUGUUCAAGAUGGAUGAUUUGGAAGAACAGGUUGUUCCAUUCGUUGCCGAUAGCAGGAUUGCUGGAACCUUGCGUGAAAGCGUCUCUUCCGACACAAAAGAUCUUAAAAUGGACAAUGAUUUCUUCUGCAAGGUGUUUCCUUGGCAUUUCAUAAUGGAUGAAAACCUGGAUUUGGUUCAGGUUGGCCAAGGCUUUAGCCGUUUGUUCAAGAACUACAUGGCGACCAGUGGUCUUUCGGCAUGUACCUACUUCCGCUUCAAGCGCCCUCGUGGACUAUCGUUGAACUUCAGAGAGAUCGUCCGCCGUACGAAUACGCCUUUCAUGAUCUCGUUGCGUGCUCCCCCGGGGCGUCCGGAUUUCUUCGCCAAAGGUUUGGAGAUCAAAGGACAGAUGGUCUUCUGUCCGGAGUCCAAUUCCCUGCUGUUUGUUGGAUCUCCUUUUCUGGAUGGCUUGGAAGGACUGACCUGCAACGGUCUCUUCAUCUCCGACAUUCCUCUUCACGACGCAACUAGAGAGGUGAUCCUAGUCGGAGAGCAAGCUCGAGCUCAGGAUGGUCUCCGUCGCCGUAUGGACAAACUGAAAAGUUCGAUCGAGGAAGCAAAUGCCGCGGUUACCAAAGAAAGAAAAAAGAAUGUCAACUUGUUGCAAUUGAUGUUCCCCGAGGAUAUUGCCGAGAGACUCUGGCUUGGAGCACAUAUUGAUGCUAAGACUUAUUCGGACGUCACCAUGCUGUUCAGCGAUAUAGUUGGAUUUACUAGCAUUUGCUCCAGAGCAACGCCGUUCAUGGUGAUCAACAUGUUGGAGUGUUUGUAUAAGCAUUUUGAUGAACUUUGCGGAUUCUUCGAUGUGUACAAGGUGGAAACGAUUGGUGAUGCGUAUUGCGUUGCCAGUGGAUUGCAUCGUGCGAGCAUCUACGACGCUCAUAAGGUUGCAUGGAUGGCUCUGAGGAUGAUUGAAACUUGCUCUCUGUACAACACGCAUGAUGGACAGCAUAUUAGAAUGCGCAUCGGUAUUCACACCGGGACGGUCCUGACUGGAGUCGUUGGGCGAAAAAUGCCACGCUACUGCCUGUUCGGACACAAUGUAACCAUUGCAAACAAGUUCGAAUCGGGAAGCGAAGCCUGCAAGGUCAACUGCAGCCCAACCACGAAGGAAUGGCUCAUCAAACAUCCGGGAUAUGACUUCCAGCUUAAAGCGAGAGAUCCCUCGUUUAUGCCGAAGGAGUUUACCGAGGCCAGAGGGCUGACGUGCUACUUCCUAGAGGGUUAUAGGCAUCCGACACUGAGCGAUACUGCGAAGCUUGAGGAACACAUUGAAGCAGCCAUGAAGCAAACGUUGCAGGAUACGGAAAACUAAGUGAACCAAAGGGAAUCAAUCAGUGUGGAAUUUUGAUCGGAAUAUUUAAAUUGAUAAUGGAAUCAGUUGACCAAUGCACGGAAUGAAGUGUACGAACAAAUUUGACGUUUAAGCGGUGCCGUGUUUACUAAAAAUGAACAUAUAAAUUAAAAAUGGCCCAUCAACAUUUGUACACAACACUUGUUAAGCUCUUUUCGCGCGAACCGAAGUACGCCCACGCAAACCAACAACACCAUCGGGUAGGGUAAAUUGUCUCCUUUCCGAUAGUGCUCUUGGUUUGUGUGGUCGUUCUUUGGUUCACGUGAAAAGGGUCUGACAAGUUGUUUAUAAAGUCGAUAGGUCCUUUUCUAAAGUUAAGCGAGCACCGCUUAAACGUCAAAUUUGGUCGUGAGUUCAUUCCGUACAUUGGUAAGCAGCAGUAGUUUCUGUGUAGCACCAAAGUGAUGGGAUGUUGUAGCAAAAGCGUAGACUGUCGUUAUGUGUCAAAUCUAUUGUCUAAUCUAGUGAAUUUUUACUUAAGCUAAACGUUAUAUGGGCAUAUGUAACAGUAAGUAGCCGCUGAUACUCAUUGAUACAAUAAAA